AGCACUUCCGGUGCUGCCUCUGCCCGUUCCCAAGAUGGCGGCGGCGCCGGGCUGCUGACGCCGUCGGGCACUUCCGGCCGGCGAACGGCCAUGGGGCGGCGGGGCCGGGCCGGCUGGGGGCUCGCCAGGGGUCCCUCCCGGCGGCGUGAGAUCCUGGAACUGAAAAGUGAUGUCCUGACACCUGAGAACAUCACAGACCUGGAAUGACUGAGGAGGAGCUGCUUUGGUUGGCCAUCCCUGAUCUUGAGUGUCCAUUAAAAGGUGCCAGCACUUGCAGUCUGGUUGGUCAAGGCUGGAAGGCUGGGCCUGGAUCUGCUCUGUACCUUUGAGGGAGAUCUGGACCUCACCUGCCUGCCCCCAAGGAGCCAUGGAGGACAAACGCAACAUCCCCAUCAUUGAGUGGGAGCACCUGGACAAAAGGAAAUUCUACGUGUUUGGGAUUUGCAUGACCAUGAUGAUCCGGGUGAGCGUUUACCCCUUCACGCUCAUCCGGACACGCUUGCAGGUGCAGAAGGGCAAGAGCCUGUACAAUGGGACUUUCGAUGCCUUUGUGAAAAUCCUGCGGACAGAAGGGGCGGCGGGGCUCUACCGUGGCUUUUUGGUCAACACCUUCACGCUGAUCUCGGGACAGUGCUACGUGACAACCUACGAGCUCACUCGCAAGUACGUGUCACGGUACAACAACAACAACGCUGUGAAAUCGCUGGUGGCCGGCGGCUCAGCCUCCCUGGUGGCCCAGAGCAUCACGGUGCCCAUCGAUGUCAUCUCCCAGCACCUCAUGAUGCAGAGGAAGGGGGAAAGCAUGGGCAGGUUCAAGGUGCAGAACCAAGAUGGCAAGCGUCUGCUGGUCUUCGGUCAAACCAAGGACAUCAUUGUACAGAUUUUCAAGGCUGACGGUUUUAGAGGCUUCUACAGGGGUUAUGUGGCCUCGCUGCUCACUUAUAUUCCCAACAGCGCGGUCUGGUGGCCCUUCUACCACUUCUAUGCUGAACAGCUUUCAAGUUUGACUCCUAAAGACUGUCCCCACCUCCUUCUGCAAGCAAUAUCAGGGCCACUUGCAGCUGCAACAGCCUCCACGCUCACCAACCCCAUGGACGUGGUGAGGGCUCGGGUGCAGGUGGAAGGCAAGAGCUCCAUCAUUCUCACCUUCAAGCAGCUCAUUGCAGAGGAAGGUCCCUGGGGGCUGACUAAAGGCCUCUCUGCCCGCAUCAUUUCAGCCACUCCUUCCACCAUUGUCAUCGUGGUGGGGUAUGAAACGCUGAAGAAGCUGAGCCUGCGCCCAGAGCUGGUGGACUCAAGGCACUGGUAGAGGCAGCUGGUGGAGAACCUUCCUGUGACCCCUCCGAGUCUGGACUGUUGCAGGGGAGAGCCUGGGACGUGACACAGUUGCUGUGCCUUUGUCUCUGGCUGGUUUCACAGCACAAGGCAGAUGCAAAAGCAACUGCACUUCACCUCUUCAGAUUUGAGUGUCAUACAAUCAUCUGCUGCUGGUUUUGCCUAAACUGUGACCUUUGGCAGUGCUGUUUGCCUGGGACAGUCCAUUCCAGGUGUGUGAACACAUCCUGGCAAGUUAUUAAUUCCUUUUUUCUUAAAUUAAAGACUUACUGGCUUAAGCAGAAAGCCAGUUUAUUCACUUUAAAUUAUUUUCAUCUUUGCCAAACUUCCAAGGAGAGGAGUCUCACAGCCUGCAGCAGGAUCCUCUGGUGGCAUUUCUCUAGUGGCAGUUGUGCUGCAGAAAGCUGGAAGCAGAAAAUAGACAAGUGACUUUCUCCAAUUACCUGCAUUUAUUUCUAGAAGAUGUGAGACAAGAGUAACCUGGAACUACUUCAGACCUGAUUUCCUGCGUUUUGAAUAGAUCUACGUACUUGUUUUGUAUAUUCUUGGAAAUGUUCCCUGUCUCUCAUCCUCCAAACAGCAAGCUGGCUGAUAGCAAGUCAGGAGCUGAGCUGGCUGUUUGGGAUUAGCUGAUGGCGGUUUUCACACCUAACCUGUGUUUUUAAUCUGUUGUAAUUUAAUUUUUUUUAUUUUAGGGAAGCUUAUUCUGAUUUCUGGGUAACUGAAUGAUUGUCCUGUGGCCUUGUUCAGUGUGUCAAUCCUGCAUGUUCAGAGUGGCUGUGGCCACUUCCCACCUUAGUUAGUUUAAGCCCAGAAAUGCAGUUUGGAAGUGUCCAAUUGUGGUGCUGCCAGCAGCUGAAUGAGAACUGAAUGGGGUUUGAGCUACAAUUAGAUGGGAAGUGGGGAAGGAAAAACCUUGUCCUGGCUUUUGAUCUGGUUCAAACCUGACAGGCAUGUUCAUAUUGAAUAAGAAGUGAUGGUUCACUUCAUGAGUUUAAAUUCUGCUCAUCCAGUUUUGGGAUGGGCAAGGAUAAUGUUUUGCACAAUUGCCAGAUCAGAAGCCUGAGCUAUGGUCUGUGUAUUUUACCAGGUGAAAACUUCAGGGGGAUGAAACCAGAGGCUGUUUUUUGGGGAGGGGGAGGGAAAGGAUUGUUUGUACUCUGCUGCUCUUGGUGGUUGAGAUUUGCUUUGAUGCUGCCAGCCCACACUUGAUGCUCGUCCAGGUUAGCUGCAUCCAGGGGCGUUGGGGAUGCACCUCCAGACAACAUCUCCAACUGCCCCUCUGCCAUAACCAGGAAUUUUGGUUGAGAUGCCGAUCCUGCUGACCUGUGGCUGUUGCUGGGCUCCACUUGGCUGUCUGUUCCCAAGGGGACUCACCAAGUGUGGCUCUGCCCUUCACCCCAGUGUUGUCCCUGCCCAGCAGGCACUGGACAUGGCACCAUGUCUGCUGGAGAUGGAGAGUGCUGAAGCUGCUGCUGGGGUGGGAGAGCCUUCUCUGCUAAGGGUAGAGCUUGAUUCUAAGGUGCAGUGCUGUGAUGGGGCUGCAGGUGAAUCAUCAAAGCCCUUUUCAUCCCAUUUUUCUUUUCUGCAGUGCUCAGAAGGAAUGCUGAAGCAACUGGUGGAGUUGCUGGAGCAGCAGCCUCUGCACUUGCUCUGGUCACCUGUUGUUUAAAAGUUGACACCAGUGUGCUCUUGCUCUAAUAACAGAUUCUACUCUUAAAAGCAGAACAACAGCACCCCAAAUCGCAAGGCAGCAGUAACACAAAUAUUAACAGAAACAAUAACAAUUUGACCUCUGCCAAGUGCAGCAGAGUCAGUCCCAGUGUGCAGCAUGGAGGGGUGGCAGCACCAGUGUGGGGAGACACUGUCAAACUUAAUGUUCCUCUCGUAACCAGCAACGUUCUUGACAACUAAUAAACCUGAGAGACCUUCA